AUGACCGGUCCCGGACAGACACCCCCAUCACCAUGGGUGCAAAAUGCACCGGGUCGAAGCAGCCAGGGCUUUCACUCGGGUCAUUCAGGCUUGUCGCCUUCGCAGACGAGUGUCCAGUCAACGUCGGACCGAUCCAGCCCUAAUUACUUUGGGAUCACCGUAGAACGCCCCAACAACUAUCCAGGGUCCAAUCCGGGAUCCCAGGGCCAAAAGAGCUGGGCUUCAUUCUUCUCAUCACAUGUAAGCCCCAAGAUGCAACUAUCCUCACCCGAGUCAGCAUCUACAGGGUUGUCAACCCUCUUGAGAGCCGAGCCGGAAGGGGAGAAGAGCCGGCGCGGGUCCACACUACAGACCUACACGACGAAUGAAGAUGCACAGGGCAACCGAACCUGGUCACGCGGUCCUCCUUCUCUGGCCGGGGGUGGCCAACCGUUCAUGCAGAUGCAGGGACCGGCAAGUCAAUAUAGCAUCAAACCAAGACAAAGUUCGAUUGCGGCAUUGCAAGACGAAGCCGCGGCCAUCUCUUCGCGGUGGGUUCAGCCUGAGCGCUGUGCAGAGAUCAUCAAAUCCAAGAAUCACAAGGUCUUGCUUCUCGAUGUGCGCCCGUAUGCACACUUUUCCCAGUCCAGCAUCGCCGGCUCGCUCAAUCUCUGCAUUCCGACAACCCUUCUCAAGCGACGUUCCUUUGACACGCAAAAACUCGAGAAUACCUUUACCAACGAAGAAGAGAAGCGCCGAUUUGCCAAAUGGCGUGAUUGCGAUACAAUCAUCGUGUACGACGCCGCCACGGCCGACGUCAAGGACGCGGUCCCCUUGAUGCACGUGAUCAGCAAGUUCCAGGCCGAGAACUGGGAUGGCGAGGGCCUGAUCCUGCAGGGAGGGUUCACAGCCUUGUCAACGCGCUGCCCACAGCUCGUGCAUCGACCACAAACGCCAAUGGCUGGACCAUCUCCGAGGAAAAAGCAGCGCUCUCCGAUGAGCAUCAACCUGCAAUCCAUCGCUCCGGUGGUUGGAGGUUGUGCCUUGCCCAACUCCUCGUCCGCGGCGAAUCCAUUCUUCGGGAAUAUUCGGCAAAAUAUGGAUUUGAUGGGAGGUGUGGGACAGAUCCCCCUCAAGCUGCCCGACGGGAUGACGGACCUGCAGCGACAGAAAUUACCCCUGUGGUUACGCGAGGCCUCCGAUGCGCAGAACCGGGGUCAGGCCGUGUCGGAGAAGUUCCUGGACCUGGAAAAGAAGGAAUUGGAACGGAUGAAGCAAGCGUUGACCUAUGAGGGCAAUUCAGCCUCCGGUGGGGAGGAGACGAAAAAAUACCGGGUGGCAGGAAUCGAACAAGGCACGAAGAACCGUUACAACGACAUCUAUCCUUUUGAUCACUCCCGCGUCCGUCUCGAGGGCGUGCCUACCGGUGGCUGUGACUACGUGAACGCCAACCAUAUCCAGGCCGAGCUGAGCAAUCGACGAUAUAUUGCCACGCAGGCACCGGUGCCCGACACUUUCAAUGACUUUUGGCGCGUGGUUUGGGAACAAGAUAUUCGAUUGCUCGUCUCGUUGACCGCCGAAGUCGAGCGAGGCCAGGUCAAGUGCCAUCCGUACUGGAAGUCCGGCGAUUAUGGACCUUUUAAAGUCAAGACCUAUUCGGAGCGGUUCAUCCACAUCAAUGCCAAGGAAGAUACGAUCGAUCCCCUGUUAAAAGUGCCUCCGGGCUCCAGCGAGCUCCCGAAGUCAAUGGACGAGUCGAACGAGAAUCCCAUCAUCAUUGUUCGACACUUCAGUCUCUACCAUACCUCAUUUCCGUUCCAACCCCUCCGCGACAUCACCCAAAUUCAAUACCCUUACUGGCCGGACUUUGGCACCACCUCGCAGCCAUCCCAUCUGCUCAAUUUGAUCGAGCAGUGCAACAAGGUGAUUCGUGCUACCAGCCUGUCCCGAUUCGGUCAAAAUGAGGCUGAGCCCGAAGGUCAACGGCCGAUUCUGGUUCAUUGCAGCGCAGGCUGUGGCCGGACGGGUACCUUUUGCACCGUCGACAGUGUCCUGGAUAUCAUGAAGCGACAGCGACAGAACAGGCCGCCCACUCUCACCGCAUCACCAUCUGCAGACGCUCUGACCGACCCGACUUUGGAUUUGAUCGUCAAAACCGUUGCGGAUUUCCGCACCCAACGGCCCAGUAUGGUCCAAAACCUCAGUCAGUUUGUGCUCUGCUACGAAAGCGUGCUCGAAUGGCUCGUGGCCAACUCCCCGACCGCGAAAAGUGAAGUUUCCCCUGUGAUCCGCCAUGAGAAACCCAACAAACCCCCCUCCCCUCCCCCAUUCCCAUCUCUCCCCUCCCUGCUCUCUUCCUCCCGUGUGUUUCCUCCCCUCUCCCAGUCUUUCCUCUCUCCCGAACUCCCCAACUUGACGACCAGCGACAGCGGAUACCCAAUUAUCACGAAUUCUCAUGCUCGCCUCACUUCUCAUCACCUCCUUAUUCCUUCUUCUCUUCCUCUUCUCUUCUUGUUUACUCGCAUUCAGGGGGCGUUUUAUCUCAUUAUGGGUCGGGCAAUGAGCUGA